CAGCUCAACAAUGAACUGAUCGCGGCACCAGCCAUCGCAGUCCACGUGCUGCGGAGUAAAUGCAGCUGUUCGAUGCAAGGACCUAACUUCAAAGCGCCUCAGCCAUGACCAUCGACACGCACAUCACCGACGCCGCCCUAGCCUCGGUCCUCGAGACGUCGAGAGCAGCGAGGGAGCAAGCGCAGACCCUCGUCGACCUGGUCGAUCGAGCAACCGCUGCCAACGCCAACGGGCCCCUUCCCGCCGACGCGCUGACCGAACUUUCCAAGCAGCAGAAGCUGCUGAACACCACCCUAGCUCAGCUUCGCGGUCUGCAUCGCGCCGCCCACUUCCGCGCGCGCGAGACGAAGAGCCUGACCGCCGAGGCGCGGCACGAGGUGGACGUGCUGCAUCUGCAGUUGCAGAAUUUGUAUUAUGAACAGCGCCAUCUGGAGGGGGAGAUUGCGGCUUGCGAGGGAUUCGAGCACACUUACCAACUCCUCCCACUGAUCCCCGUGGAAGAAUUUAUCGCAAGGCACCCCGAGCAUGCCGAUGCUGACGAGAACGCGCUGAUGGUGGCGCGCAUCAACCACGAGCGCGCGGAGCGUGAGGCGCUUGAGCAGCAGCGGGUCGAGCUGCAGAAGCGGAAACAGAAGCUCAUUGCCGAGAACAAGAAGCGCAGAGACGAUCUCGCCAACUUGGACAGGGAUCUGGAGAAAUUCAUUGACGCCGCCAAACCUAUUCAGAAGAUGUUUGAGAAGGUGGUUUAAGACCAGUUCGGGGAGAUACCGUUUGGCAGCUAAAGCUGGGUUCGACAACUUAGCUCCGUCGCUAUUCCGAGCUUAGGGACGUUGGUUCUCGGAUUGCGUGCAGUAUGCACAUUAGGAC